GCUCAGAACGAUGAUGACGAUUUAGUCUCGGAUGGGCGCUACGCUGCAAAGCAUCGCAAGGCUGCAGAAUACCGCUACUUGAAAUUAACUCACGUGAGGAUUAUAGCACGCGAUAAGUCGCGCUCAUCGGGAAUGCUCGCCGCGUGAUUGCUCACGAGUUUGUCAGCUCGCUCGUGAGUUUGUGCAAGGCCGUCGCUAAAUUGGCAAAAAAUAAAUAAAAAAUAAUGCAACAUCAAAUAAUAACGCGAAAAAUAUAUGAAUAGAAAUAUCGCCUAAAGAUUUGUGCAACGAAUAUAAAGAGUGUGUGUUUUGUGUAAAAGCUAAAAUCUAAAGUUAAAUCUGAAAAUCAAUUUCAGCCUAAGAAUUUAUGCAGCUAGCUGCAUAAGAAUAUUGUGAAAAGAUGAACCAGCUGUGUAAAGUAUGCGGCGAACCAGCGGCUGGUUUUCAUUUUGGAGCAUUUACAUGCGAGGGCUGCAAGUCCUUCUUCGGCCGCACAUACAACAACAUCCCAGCGAUUGCCGGCUGCAAGCACAACGGAGACUGUGUCAUCAACAAGAAGAAUCGAACUGCGUGCAAGGCUUGCCGGCUGCGCAAGUGCCUGCUGGUGGGCAUGUCCAAGAGCGGAUCACGCUAUGGCCGCCGCUCCAACUGGUUCAAGAUACACUGUUUGCUGCAGGAGCAACAGGGCGGCGGCGGGGGUGCCGGCACUGGCAGCUCCAGCGUGAACAAUGCAAAUCUGGAUCAGCUGGCGCGGCUGCAGCAAGCGAGCAACCAGGCGCGGCAAACCUACCAGGACAAGACGAAUCCCUGCAUCAAAUCGGCUACGGCAGCAACCUCGCCCAGCAUAGCGCUGCAGACGUGCAGUGCAGUGGCGCCCGCUGCGGCAUCGACGCCAUCCCCCAGCCUGCCCGGAUUUCUGCAAGCAGCCAAGUAUCUGAACGAGCAGCAGCACCGCCAGCUGAAGCUCGAAUCCCGCCUCAGCAACACACCCAGCGAUUCCGGCGCCUCCUCGGCCGGUGAUCCCACGGACGAUGGCACAAGCGUGCUGAGCGCCACGACCAGCACAAUUAGGAAGGCGAUGCGACAGAGUAGCUCCGCCUAUGCGGGCAGCUCUGAGGCGGACAUUGCGGAGCAGCAGCAGCGGCGUCACAAGGAGCUGCUCGACAUAUUUCGCAGUCACUCGGAGCCGUUGUACAGCUCCUUCACACCGUUUACUCUGCCGCCAGCUCUAAUGGCCAGCAGUAUGCCGCCCCUGCCAAUUUUCAAGGAGCAAUUUAAGUCGGAGCUGCUGUUCCCGUUUCCAGCUACCAGUCCGGCGGAGGAGGAGCCUAUUGAUUUGUCACUCCGAUCGCGAACGGAUGCUGUGAGUCCCGUGGCGAACAGUUCAGACAGUCCACUCAGUGAAUCAGCCAACCUGCCAUCCGCCUCAACCUCGUCCACGUUUGCACGCAAGCCCACGCCCCUAGACCUGACCCUGGUACGUUCACAGACGCUCACAGGUUAAGGACCCACACACACACACACAUAGCCAGGAAGUUGAGGACUUGUGAUUACCCGGGAAUUCAACAGAGUGCCAUGGAAGCCUUCACAUAUCAAAGUGGGCAGUUCGACGCUGUGGCACAGUUACUCUGUAAUCCCACUUGGUUUUUAGCAAAAGAUUUGAUAGUGGUGCCAGUGAAAGUAUGUACAAAUAAAUUGUUUUUAGCUCAAUUACAGCACGUAGGCAAGAUUUGAAAUACUCGUAAACACAUCUAAAUAUUAAUAAUGUUUAGCCAAAUUUAUAA